CAGGAUACAGUCAGCUGUGUGAGGACCCUAGAGAACCAGCAGCCCCGGAGCUUCCUCAGCUUCAACCGUUACAUCUACCCGCUGACAUGGACUAACCGGAGCGGGAGGACAGUCCUCUUCAGAACCAGGGUGAGUUAUCCUGACCUCCCCCUGUUGUCUCUUCAGCGGUAGCCAGGCGCCGUCAUGGCGUCCCGGCUGCUCGACCGUCUGAAGCGUUCGUUGUUUAAAGAUGGUCAGGGGGCGGGACCCGAGCAGGAAGCAGCAGGUGGACAGGAAGAGGAGGAGUUUGUAGAGGACCGCUGGGAGGCGGAGCUGGAGGAGGAGGACGAGUGUGUGACUGAUCGGCUCGGAGGGAUGCUGUGCUUCGAUAGCGGAGGAGGAGGGGGAGGGGGAGGAGCAGAGGAUGGAGGCGAGGGCGAGGGGUCGGGGCUGGACAGUGACUCUGACUUCCUGGGAGAGUCGAUGGAGGAGGGGCUCAGCAGCACAGACACCAGUCCUGUGGGCGUGUCUCCGGUGGGCCCCUCCGCAUCCUUCCUGCUGACGCGGCAGCUCCAGGAGAGCUGGAAGACCCUGCGGGGACUCGGUGGAGGAAGCCCUACCUCGGCCGGGAGGCAGCUGACAGACAACUUGCUGUUUGAGGUGACCGACGCCAGCGUGGUGCAGGACGGCUCCUCUAAAUAUGUGCUGUACACCAUCCAUGUGAUCCAGUCUGGCGGCAGCGACAAGACUCCCGCCAUCAUCACCCGCCGAUACUCCGACUUCCAGCGGCUCCACACCACGCUGCGCCGUAACCACGGAGACCAGAUGGAGCGCGUCUGUUUCCCACGGAAGAAGCUGCGCAGGAACUUCACGGCGGAGACGAUCGCAAAGCGGAGCCGGGCGUUUGAGCAGUAUCUGUCUCACCUGUGUUCCCUGUCUGCCCUGCGGGGGGCGCUGUGUGUCCGACAGUUCUUCUAUCUGACUGACCUGCAGAGUGGACAGCUGCUCAUGAGGGUGGAACGUUACCAGGAGGCCUUGGGUCCGCUGCUCAACGCCAAGAGACUGCAGCACAAACUGGGCUGGGCAAAUUACUAUGACAACCAGGCCCAGGCCCCGCCCCCGGCCUCCUCCCAUUGGUUCUUCACUUUGGUGGGGCUGUCGAGCUGUUUCCAGGAAGUGGACCAGCUGGAGGAGGCCCGGGAUCACUGUGACGAUGCCCUCCGUGUCCUGACCCCCGCUGAGACGGACGCAGAGGACAGGCCCCUCCCACUUGAAGAGAAGCCCCAGCCGCCACUGACUGAAAAGCAAGACGCAUCGCCGCAGCGCCUCGACAGGCCGCACCCCCUCCUGUUGCCGUUGUUGCGGGCGGUGGUUCGGCUGUCGUGGCAGACAGGAAGGGACAAGCGGCACUGGGAGGAGCUUCUGCAGCAGCUGGAGGAGCAGAGGGCGGGGCUAGUAGACAAUCAGCCAACCAUCAAAGAGUUUCUGGUCAAACACAACCUGCAGGAGAGUGAGGGGGACGGCUAGAACAACACACACACACACACACACACACACACACACACACACACACACACUGCAGAGUACAAUCACUACGCUACAACAUGAGUGCUGCGGCCACUGUGGGAAAAAAAACAUCUGAGAUUUAGAGAAUAGAGAGCUGAAGUCCCUCCCCUUCUGGUGGACCAUCAUGGGACCUUAUUUCAGAAAAUAUAUGAACGAUAGUCAACG